AUUCGGUGUGGUAUGAGCGGCUCCUUGCCUUGACCACCGAACCUGGACUAGCACUAGCCGCCGAUCCAAGACCAGAUUCCCGAACAAAUCUAUCCCGUGACUUUCACGUUAAUCGCAGCAUGACAAGAGCAUCUGCAUGGUGCGCUUGUUUUGUGAAAGGUUAGGCGACUUCUUGCAUUCACUUUAUUUUCCAGAUUAUCGCGAUGGCGAAUAAUGGGGUUGAUGGCAUCAAUGAGUCCGUAAUUGCAAACCAAGGACAGCCUGGACCAACUUCGCAGCAAGAGUGGGAUGGUGAACAUCUUCAGGAGGCGGAAAAGACCCUGAAGGAGAUGUAUAUUCAGCUCCGCCAACUCCGCUCAACGAUCCCAAAUCUCGUCGCAUCCCUAGCCACCAAGCAAGCGUCUCGUGAGUCCCCCAAUCCAAACCGUGCGUCAGGUGGACUAACACCACGAAAACAGCUGAAAUCCUCUUCCAACAGCUCAGUCAAGCUGCGUUGACGGCCAACUCCGAGGUAAAGCAGUUCCGGGAAAUCAUGGAGAACCCGCAGAGCCGCCAACUCUUUGAACAUACGAGCCAGAGCAGGGCAAAGAACCCAACUGGCAUAACGCCGUGGAGGAUUACGGAUGAUCCGGAUUGGUUGAAGAGGGAUUCAUGAGGUGGAAGUGAUUUUAUUGGUGGUUGAAGCGGGUUUCGUUGCGUGGGAAUGACUACCUUGGAGUUGCAUACGGUGCGUCUUUUGGGGUUAUUUACGGUAUAGAAGUGGACAAUGCCACAUUAUGUGUUUAUAUAACGGAACGGGUUCUGGCAUAAAGGAAGGAUGGUACUGGCGUUGGAAUGGAAGAUUACUGGAUUGCUAUUGUCUUGCCGGGAACCUGGGGAGAGUUUAUGGCUGCGACUGGGUAUAACCGUAUACUUGACCAAGUGUUGGAAUCCUUUCGGGUUGAGAUAUUUUCAGGAGACUGUUUUGGAAUUCGAACGGGGAGCAUGGGGAAAUAAAUGGGCAGCCAAUGUCAAAAUAUACACGCUAUGCACACACUGCCAUCAUUGAAGGAC